CACACACACACACUCACACAUGCACACACACACUCACACACAUGCACACACAAACACACACACUCACACACUCACUCAUACACACAUACACACACACCUCACACACACACUCACACACACACUCACACAUGUGCACACACACACUCACACACACACGCUAUAAAAACAUACAUAUGCAAACACGGGUGUAUAAAAUAAGAUAUAUGAUGAUAAUUCUACAAAAAGGAGCAGAAAGUGUUGAAAACAUUAAAAAUUCUUACAGCCCAGGAAGAGAUGAAGAUACAGACAGAAGGAAGGCGGUUGACCACACCCAGCGUCCUCAGAAGCCGUGACUACAGAUGUCCAAGCUUUGGCAUCUCUGGGUGCAGCUGAAGGUACGCACACAUCGCUCUACUUGGAGACACUCACAGGAAAUAAUCACAAAUGGCCUGGAGCAACCACAGCAGCAUCACGGAGUUCGUGCUCACCGGGCUCUCUGACGACCCCCUGAUCCAGGCUCUACUUUUCACGCUGUUCCUGGGGAUUUACAUCCUCACCAUGACGGGGAACCUGAUGAUGCUGUUGGUGAUCGGGGCUGACUCCCACCUCCACACUCCCAUGUACUACUUCUUAAGCAACCUGUCGUUUGUAGAUCUCUGCUUCUCAACCGUCACGGUACCGAAGCUGCUGAAGGACCUCCUGUCUGUGAAGAAAAGCAUCUCAAUAGAGGGCUGCCUGGCUCAGGUCUUCUUCGUGUUUUUUUCUUCUGGUACCGAAGCCUGCCUGCUCUCCGUCAUGGCUUACGACCGCUAUGCUGCCAUCUGCCAUCCCCUGCUCUACGGCCAGGUGAUGAGAAAUGAGUUGUGUGUACGGCUUGUGCUAGUCUCGUGGGGCGUGGCCUCUCUCAAUGCAACCAUCAUCGUGCUCCUGGCUGUGAACCUGGACUUCUGUGAGGCUCAAACCAUUCACCACUACACUUGUGAGCUGCCUGCUCUUUUCCCUCUGUCCUGUUCGGAUAUCUCCAUCACCGUCGAUGUCCUGCUUUGCUCCAGCUUAUUGCACGGGCUGGGGACCUUUAUCCCUAUCUUCUUCUCCUAUGCCCGGAUUGUCUCCGCCAUCUUGAGCAUCAGUUCCACCACCGGGAGGAGCAAAGCCUUCUCCACCUGCUCCUCCCACCUUGCCGCAGUGACCUUGUUCUUCGGGUCCGGCUUUCUUUGCUAUCUCAUGCCCCCUUCUGGAUCUUCCCUGGACUUGCUCUUGUCUUUGCAGUACAGCGCAGUCACGCCCAUGUUGAAUCCCCUCAUCUACAGCCUGAAAAACAAGGAGGUGAAGGCGGCUGUGAAGAGGACCCUGAGAAAGUAUUUGCUUUAGGUAGUAAACUGUGUAAAGUUUUCUAAUUAUAUUCUCUUCUCAUACAUCCCUAAA